AUGAGGAUUGCACUUAAAGACGGAUUGAGGAAGUUGUUCAAGAGAGACGCAAGCGCGAAGGACGCAAGGAAACCGAGGCAGUCGCAGCCCAGCAACAACAAUAGCGUCGAGAGCUUCAAAGAGCACCCCAUUGGACAGCCCACGCUCACUGAUUCCUCCUCGUCGCCCAAAAUGUCUGUCAAGGAUUUCAAGCGCCGUUCGAGUAGCGAAUUGCUAGGCAGGCAGACGCCGACGCAAACAACGUCACAUUUCCAGCCAAGCCGCCAAUCACCAGCCCCAGUCCCAGCCUUCAAAACGCACAGGAAACCACCGCCGAAGCAGCAAAACCUCUCAGCCUGGCACACAUCCGAUGAAGACGAUGACGACGAUGACCGUGGCGACAUGACAAACUUCCGCGACCGCAUCAGACAGUCGCGUUCCACUAUCCGCCACGCCGCUACAACGAUUCCUGACGAUACGAGCGACGACAGCGACGACACGCUGCCGCUAUCGCAGCUGCGUUCCAAGUCGCAGGUCAGUUUAGCGACGUCGAUAGCGAGCAAGCCGAACAAAUCAACACCCUCACUCAAGCUCCAGGGCAGCUCACACCAGCUCAGCUACCGCAAGCCGCCGCCGCCGAGCCGUAAACACACUUCCACACUCUCUAGCACCCUUUCACCCGCCUCCCUCUCGCCCAACUACCAACGACAGUCACAUGCGAGCUACUCUCCCCAAUCGCGGCAGACGCCAUCAAACGGUCUACGGCCACCACCACCGCCUUCACCCUCUGUGUCAAUGCACAGCGCACCAGGUGGAUCGCUAUUCAAUCCGUUUAUGCCAAGUGCAUCACCCAUGCAAAUGUCUCAGAUACCCCCCGCGUCCUUCCCCUUUCCGCCGAUGGGCCAGACAGGACAAGCACCGAUCCCACCGCCCAACAUGAACAUGGCAAUCCCCACGCCCCCGCCCUCCGCACAGAGCAGCACGAGCGGUGACCUCAACCAACACGCCGCGCAAGCAGCCCAGAUGCACUUUCAAGCCAUGAUGAAUGCGCGCCAGUCUUUCCAGGCUUAUGUCGCCCAACACGCCGCAUUCCUCGCUGGACAGCAGUGGGACGAGGAGCAUUCCCAGGCGGGUGGGUCUGAAGCUGGUGGGUACAGUGUGCAUGACGAGGACUACUAUCUGAGCGGUGGUGGGGGUGAUAUUGGCGGAGGUAUGAAGAGCAUGAAGAGCGCUCCUAGCCACGGCAAGAACAAGGCCAAAUCGGAUUACGGGGGUGUGUCGCCGUCCCCGUCCAGUGCGGACAGUCGCAAAUCAGCUACUGCGAAUCAUCUGCAGAUACAGCAGGCACACGCUAGGGCGCAGAUGAGAUACAGCGACAGGCCACGCAAGACUCCUUCUAGGGAUAGCUUGCGGAUGGGUGCUACGAGCCCGGCAAGCUACGCAAACCACUCACACCACUCACAAUCCACUCAUACCCUCAGACCACCCUCCAGAGACAGCCUGCUGAGUCCGUCGAGAGAUAACGUCGGCCCCCCUCCCCCUCCCACUAUCAGACACUACAGAGGACAGUCAAGCUCGUCGUCCAUCCCCAAGAACCCAACCAAGCUGCGCUCUCAGAGUACUCUGUCCAUGAGGUAG